AGAAAACGCGCACGUAUGACUGUGGGACUUAUAACUGUUACAAAUUGCCUCAUAACGGUAUACAUUUUUUUAAGGCUGAAGGAGCGUACAGUCCACUGUCAGCCACCUGUGAGUGAGGAACGGAAAAUGAUCGGAAUAAUAAUGAUAGUUUACCAGUCCAUUUUACUGGUAUUUGAUUUUGUGAAUCUUGUCUUCCGAGCCAUUUUGCUGACACUACAGGCUGCUUGGAGGAUAGUUGUUCCCCCUCCCAAGAAAUCGGUUGUGGGAGAAAUUGUUUUGAUAACAGGAGCUGGCCAUGGCAUUGGACGAGAGCUGUCCCUCCAGCUGGCACGUCUGGGAGCAAAAGUUGUGUGCUUGGACAUUGAUGAGGCAAACAACCAAAAAACUGUCGCAGAUAUUUGCCGUGAAGGUGGUGCUGCCUAUGGAUACAAGUGCGAUGUGACAAGCAGAGAUAACGUGAGAACUGUGUCGAAUGAGAUUCGUGAAAAUGUUGGUGAAAUAACUAUUCUCGUGAAUAAUGCGGGGAUAAUGCCCUGUAAACCGUUCAUCAAGCACACCCCAGAAGAUAUUGAGAAGAUAUUCAAAGUCAACGUAUUCGCACACUUUUGGAUGUUGAAAGAGUGGCUCCCAACUUUCAUGGCCAUGGGACGUGGCCAUGUGGUCGCCAUGUCUUCCCUUGCCGGGCUUGUGGCCACCAGUAAUGUUGUGCCUUAUUGUGCUUCUAAAUAUGCUGUUAGAGGUCUGAUGGACGGCCUUGUGGAAGAGAUGAGGUAUGGAGGUCGAAAUCCAAACAUUAAAUUUACGUGUGUGCAUCCUUUCGUUGUUGACACCGGACUCGCAAAGAAGCCCCGUAUAAGAUUCCCUUCCGUAACUCCUGUGCUGACUCCUGAGACUGCUGCUGAAGCCAUUAUCAGUGCUAUCCAGUUAGAGAAGUCAGAGGUUUUAAUUCCUUUUCAAGCUGCACUGAUACAUUUUAUUGUGCGGUUUUUACCUCGAGAAGUCCAGAAAGCUUUCCUGGAUUUCAUGGAUACUGGAGUGGAUGAACAUGAUAGCUGAUAAGCUACUUGGGGAAGCAAGUGAAAGUUGUUGAAAAUGGAUAGUUAAUGCAUUAGUUACUGAAGUAGAAAUAUGCACAUGGGUCAGUUCAUUUUUUUCAUAUAAUUGUUAAUGUUUACUGUAGGUUGUAUGGCAUGUACUUGGUAUUCAUGUUAUGAAUACCUGUGUUUGGUUUUGAAGGAGUCUUUCGUAAUGAAAUCGGAAAUGUAAGUGAUAGGAUAAUGUCUUAGAGUGAGACUUUUUCUUUAGAAUAAGUGAUUAUUAAAAGGGACUGAAGUGUAGAUGAUUAUGAUAAUCUUUAAUCCACUUGUGUGAUCAGGAAAUAUCUCUAGCUGGAUAUUUUUUGGCUAAUUACUAAUGAAUACUAUAUUAUAUAAGGGUGAUGGUGAAUAUUGGUUCUUUUUUUCUUUAUAUCAAGGUCAUCAAUAACAAUAACAAUAGACAGAAUAACAAUAUAUGGAAGAGUUUAUGGAGUAAGGACCACUUUCCACAUCAGAAGUCUAUCCAUUAUAACAAAAAAGGAAAAAUAUGGAAAGAUAACACUUGCAUACAAUUUAGGGCAAAUUAGAAUCCAAUUUUUAAUAUUAAUGUUCUUUAUGUAUAUGGUGUUUCUCAUUUAAUAACAUACAGAGGGCCCUAUUUGUUGUGUUCAAAAUUAAACAUGUAUGUAUAUGUAUAAUUCUAAUUAUAUCAGAGGAAAAGGAAGAAUGAAAAGGAAAUAACAAACCUAUACACAUUAGUUCAUUUCACUUGUAAUCUAAUUACUACUUUAUUUUCUUGGAAAAAAAUUCUUGCAAGAAGUUUCUCUUCUCUUUGAUUCGACAAAGAACUGAAAGGAAGAUUACAAUAAGAAAAUGGUUGAAAUAUUUCUCGUCGAGUAUUUCCUUGUUUGACCAAACUAACUUAACCUUUUCAUAACUGCCAUUGUUUACCAAAGGUCUUUCUCACCUCUCGGGCAUCAGAUACAAGUGAUCGGGUGUUUCAUUACUUUGGACUCGAAAGACACAAAAGAAUUUUACAUUAACUCUUAAUUAUUGUAUAGUUGGGCUGCUAUUCUAGAUACCUCAGUGCUUAGUCCCAUAGAAAAAGGCGAUACUUUUGUGCAAGGUUCCCAAGUAAUAGACCUGAAUGAUAAAUUUGUGCUGAUACACUAGCAGAACCCAGGACCCUUACAUAAAUCUUUGUUAAUGUAUAUCUUCCAAGCAGGGCAUUUAAGUGUAUUGCUGUGAAAAGAGAAGUUGAAGCUUUAAACACAGAUGCUUUUUCUUCCUCUCUCAACUGUGAUCAAAUUAGGAGUGUGAAACUUUCCAUUGUGAUAGCUCUGGGAAAGGUUUACUUGUUUUUUUUUUUAGAUUUUGUGAUUCUUAGAACUCUAGUGUGUACUGUGAUUAGUUUGACAAAAUAAUAUUUUUAUUCCACUGCCUUUCUAUAGGAAAAAAAUAUACAGGAGAAUAAGACAAAAUUAAAAACAUGAUUCCUCGUGAGUACUUAAUCAGGUAGAUCAUAAUUGUUUGUAGCAUAACAUUCCACAAAUAUGGCAAAGGGAAGUAAAUGUCAGAAGGCAUAGCAAUAGUCCUGUUAAUAUUUAGAUGAAUGAGAGCUGUAUUUCAAUAAAUAACUAAUAUUUUCUUUUGAAAUUUAGGAGGUAAUAGUCAAUUUUUGGCCGAGUUCUAUUUUCAUACUACUUUGUGAUAAAAUCUUUGUGGAUAAAGCAAGAAUGAUCUCCUAAGGUAGAUAUGGAUACAGAACUUUAUAUAAUAUGUUAACUACUACAAUUUCAAUAAAAGUGUUCAAAGA